AUGUUUAGUUUAAGCCUGGUCACGCAACUGCACAGCGUCGUCAAAUCGGCGUCGCGCGACAAGGACAAGGACGGCUCGGGGCCAAAUCCCGACGAGAGCUAUGGCCAGCUGCAGCUCGUCCCCGCGACCAAGCGGUACGGCCCGCGCCGCAUCAAACGUGUUGAGGAGGGAUCGAUUUACGACAUUCUGCACGACCAUGCCGGCACUGCCCUCCACGUCCUCCCUAUCUGCUGGACCGAUCAACAUACCCUUCUCCUUGGCGUGCGCUUCACCAAGAACGAUGCCAUCGUUAAGCCGAUCCCGGAUGUCGCCCCGAACGUGUGGCUCGAGGCGUCCAAGAUGGCACAGACCCUGACGAGUGAGCUGCAUACUCUUGCCCGCCACGAGACGACCCCGCAGCGCAGAUUCUGCAAGACUCGCGCUAUGAAGCACAUCUUCUCGACCCUAUUCCCAUCGACAAUGUCCUGCGCCAAGACGGGCGCGGAGUUGAACCUGUACCUCGGCCGCCAUGUCUUCAAGAAAGUGGUUCGCAUCCCAUGUCUGUGGAAGAGCUCAAGCAACGCUGGCACCGAGUCCUCAUUUGACUCUUGCCCGACUAUCCCGGCAACCUCAUUUGGCGCGCCCUCCAAGAGCCGCCGCGAAGGCGGCCUGCCUGUCCUCGCCUACAUCACCAAGGCGCAUCUCGCUUCCAUCCGCAACAACCUCUACAGGUGUUUCCGCCCUGCCGGUUCCGGCACCAACGAGCCGAUCCAGCGCCUGCAAGAGCUGCGACACAAGAUGCUCGUGCCCGCCGAUGCCGACCACGACCCAUACAUCGUCGCGAUGCUCAUCGCUAUGGCGCAGGCCCACAUCUUCCGCGAGUCAUCGCCGCGCUCCUCUCCGAGUAGCUCGCAGGGUCGCGGCACAGUGCACAUGUUGCCGGUCUCCUUCCGCGAUGUCACGGUGCAGGUGAUCAUGCACGACGAGGGUCAGAGCCCGGAGUCUAGGUUUUCUGUCUACACUGCGACCAUCACCAAAACGUUCUUGAAGCGUUUCAUGUUCCCGUACAGCGCGCCUGAGGGACAGGCCGCCAGCCAAGAUGCCGGCAUCAACAUCACAUACACACCGGUCAACUUUUGGCCUAUCCUCGGCCUGAAGGAGCGCCUGGCCAAGGCCCUCGGGGAGGAGCUUGGUGGCGAAGGGCUCUACGCCGACCCGGAGCACAUCGGCCUCUGGGAGCCGCUUCUCGACAUCGAGUGCCAAAAACAGUACCAGAAGCAGCUCCUCGCAGACCAGGCCAGACAACACUCACAGCGUCGCCAGCAGUAUCAGCAUCUCCCGCGGCCAUUGCACCCGGUCCGCCCGCUCCGUUCAACGCAGGCCUACCAGCCCGCCAGUCUCAAACGAAGACGUACGGACCGCGAGCCGCUGUCGUGUGUGCUCAAUGAGAGCAACAGCAGCUUCGAGGAGGAGCCGUCUAGCACCGCCGCUAGCAAUAGCAGUGCCAGCAGUGGUCCAGAGGACUGUCCCGUGCUCAGUCCCGCGGCUAAGAGGCGGAGGACUGGGCGUCGGGUUAAUAAUAGCACUCUGGAGGUGUGUUAG